ACCAUCAUCCGCAACUUCCGGAACUAGUACAACUAGCAUAAAGAGUAUCUCUCCCAGCGAAGUUAUCCAUGUCCAGCAGUACCAAGCCAAUUAUUGCAGUACUUGGAGCGACUGGUGCACAAGGCAGUAGUGUUGUGCAGUAUCUGGUCAAUGAUCCUGAACACGCCUUCCACGUUCGAGCACUAACGCGCAACCUUGAGUCUUCGAAAGCAAAGAAUUUGGUAGCGCUUGGCGUUGAAGUCGUAAAGGCUGAUCUGAACGAUGCAGAAAGCCUGAAACAGGCUUUCAAGGGUGUCUAUGGCGUGUUCGGCGUCACUAACUUUUGGGAACUCCUGUCCCAAGAGAAAGAAACUCAGCAAGGGAAAACACUCGUUGACGCUGCUGUGUCUGCGGGGGUGAAGCACUUCAUUUGGUCGACUCUGGACCAUACUUCAGACCCGGAAGUGCCUCAUUGGAAUUCAAAAGCGGACGUUGACGAUUAUCUCAAGCAGUCGAAUUUGCCCAGAACCUCACUUUACACUUCCUACUAUUACGAGAACUACAUCAAAAUUCCAGCGGUUGCGUUUUAGAAGGAUGAGAAGGGAGUUAUUGUUGGAGACUGGCUUUUCGUUAUGACCGACGGUCCGAUUGCGGGAUAUAGCGUCGCCGAGACUGGAGCAUACGUCCUUGAGGCAUUCAAGAAGCCACAGGAGUGGAUUGGGAAGGACUUGCGUAUUGCUUCAGACAUAUUCACUCCACGUCAGUUCGUUAAGGCCGUGAUGGAAAUAACGGGAAACCCGAUCCAACUCCAUGAGACGGAUCGAGCAAGAUUUAAGACAUCUAAGGAGAUUAUCGAAGAGCUUUGGGCUAAGUGAAAUGGUUUUAUAAGCAUAACGGAAACACAAAUCGUGAUCUGGACAUUACACAGCGCGUAAAUCCCGGUCGAAAGUGCUAUCGUGAAUUCAUUGAGGC